AAACAUGGGGUAUUUCUUUCCAGUUUUUGUCUUUGAUCAAAGUAUUGAUCUUAGAUGGACUCAGCUUUGUUUUGCACUGCUAUUUCUGAGCUUUCUAUAUCUAGGAUGUCAGUUCAUCAUCAAAAAACAAAAGAAGCUAAUUAGGAUUCGUUGGCCCUUACUCGAUAUACUACCGUCACUUCUAUACAACAUUCACGAAGUCCACGAAUGGACUGUCAAGUUCUCAAACCUUGUGAAUGGUACCGUUGUUGUUCGAGGAGCAAUAUUCGGAAGUUCAAAACUUCUUUACACCUGCGAUCCUCGGAACAUUGAGCACAUGGCGAAAACUAAGUUUUAUAAUUACCAAAAAGGUUCAGACUUCUUUGAUACUUUCGAUCUUAUUGGAAACGGUAUUUUCAAUGUUGAAUGUGAUCAAUGGAGAGCACAAAGAAAACUGGCGCACACAAGGUUUACAUCAAGAACAUUUCGUAGCACCGUAGCCAGCGUGACCCAUGCGAUAGUGCAAGAUGCACUGCUGCCAUUAUUGUCACAUGUUGCAAAGCAUGAGCAGGUUGUGGAUUUAGAAGAUGUUAUGCUAAGAUUUUCUUAUGAUAGUAUCUUUAGACUGGUCUUUGGAGGAAAAAGUAAUACUCCUUCGAUAGAAUUUCCAGAGAAUGAAUUGGCGAAAGCUAUCGAUGAUGGAACAGAAGCAAUAUUCUUUCGCAAUAUUAUGCCAAGUCAGUGGUGGAAAUUAUUAAGGUGGUUAAAACUUGGUAAGGAGAAAAAAUCAAUUGAAGCUGGGAAAACAAUCGACAAAUAUCUAUAUCAAUACAUUUCUUCCAAGAGAGAUGAAAUGAAUCAAGGUGUUGAAGCAAAUGACUUGUUAGCAUCAUAUAUUAUGACAUCUAACAAGAAUCCUAGUAUCUCCAAGUUUUUACCGUCAUUGGACGAUAAAUUUCUUAGAGAUACUGCUUUGACAUUUCUUUUUGCAGGAAGAGAUACAACAGGUACUUCUCUCACUUGGUUUUUUUGGUUGGUAUCGAAAAGCCCUCGCCUCGAACAGAAGAUCUUGGAAGAGCUGAAGGAAGUUUUAGCUCUAAAAUAUACACAUGGUGAUAUGGGCAUUGACGAGGAAAAGUCAUCGCUAAAGGUGUUUAAUUCAGAAGAGUUGAAAGAUUUGGUUUAUUUGCAUGCAGCUUUAUGUGAAUCCAUGAGGCUAUAUCCACCGCUCCCUAUUAAUAGAAGAAUAGCUGUAAAUGAUGAUGUGCUUCCAAAUGGAACUUUCGUGAAACAAGGAACAAGAAUCUUAAUGUCAUAUUAUGCAAUGGCAAGGAUGAAAUGGGUUUGGGGUGAAGAUUGUCAUGAGUUCAAACCGGAAAGAUGGAUCGAUGAGAACGGAAAGUUAAGUUCUGAACCAUUAACUAAAUUCUUUUCUUUUAAUGGAGGGCCAAGAAAUUGUAUUGGGCAAGAAAUGGCAUUUACACAGAUGAAGUCUGUUGUGGCAUCAGUGCUUUGCAACUUUGAAAUUAAAUUGCUGGAAGGCCAUGUUGUACAACCGAAACCAUCUUUGAUUCUUCAUACCAAAUAUGGUUUAAAGGUUAGAGUUAAAGAAAGAGUAUCACUACUGUAG